GAACAACAACGAAGGUAAGAACAAAAGGGACGAAGAGGAAGAAGAAGUAGACGGUGGUCUAGCGGCUGGUACGUUAGUCCUUGACGCCCGUCCAUGGCUGAAGCACAGGCCGUCCCCACACCAGCGGUGCGCAUGCGAUCCCCAAAAAGGAAGCUCUGGCAAGACAUUCUCAGUGCCACGGUGGGCUUCUGCAUUGGGGCCGCUUUCUUGGUGUUCGUAGGCGCCAUCGUCAGCAUGGAUGUUCUUAUGCCGGGCCACGCCUUCAACCGCAACAUCAAUCGGACGAAGGUGACCUUCCUCGAGACCAUGAUCUCGGGCCUCUUCAGCAAGAUCGUCGCGGUCUUCGCGGGCGCCGACACCCAAGGCGGGGGAGCCGCUGCCGGAAACCUCCGCCAGGUUCGCAACGGCACCCAAGGCGCGUCGCUGCUGCUCAUCCACAACAUGUCCGCGCCACUGCACGCGGAUCUGCUGGAGCAGUUCCACCUUCCCGUGGUCGAUUACCGGUCUGACGCUAUCAACAACGACACGGCGACGAUGGCCUCUGACACCACCGACCGCGCAAGGGCUUCGGCGUCGGAGGCCGCGGACUCGACUAUUCAAGGGACCGAGCUGACCUCAAAGGCGCAGGCGGUGGUCAAUGCCAGCGAUGUCGGGAUGGCGUCGAGUCCCACCUUCAACCAGAGCCCUUUAAAGAAAGCGCACGAAUCGUCCUUUCUCGGUCUCAGGAACGAUUCUAGCCGAGCGGAUCACUGACCUGAACACGGCAAAGUGCAGCAACAAAACAAUAUAUCCGGCUGAGGACAACUGUUCAGUUAGUGUGAGUUUACUGUUUGUUUUACUGGCAGCAGCGAUUAAUAGCUGGGUCUCCCGUCACUAAGUCUUCCAGUACCUGGAUGGAACGAAAAUACGUCACAAUCUGACAUGGCGGCACCUCCGUAGUCUGCAUGCCAGCUUAUCUAAUCCACAUGCGGACAACUCCAUAUGUAAUUGAAAGGAAGUCUGCGGAGGCAAAGCACGCACAAGAAAGAAUGCUGCUGAAAAACAUUCCACAUUCUCAAACCACGCUAGUUUGAGGUAGUAGGCCAGAUUCAAAGGUCAAUAUCUUUUUCACAAAAUUGAUUUUUUGUUUUUAUUUCAUUUUAUGUAUGCCCAAACAUUCAGCAACAUGUUGCAAAAAUAUAAUCUUCCUAUCGUUAUUAGUAUGGGAGUUAGUGUCCCGACCCAAACACUCGUUUCGCGAAGCCGAAAAUCUGUGCUAUUUAUGUUAUAUAAAUAUUAUUCAAAAUACUU